AUGUCUCCAAAAAGUAUAGCAAUUAAGAUUAUAGAUGAACAGAAAGAUCUUAGUGAAAAAGAAAAACAUGAUUUGGGAUUAGAAGUUAUAAUUGAUAAUGAGAAAAUUACUAAUAGUGUUAUCUCUCACUAUCAAAACCCACAUUUUCUUAAACAACUCGCAUCUGACAUUAUAUUAAAUAAAAAUAAAGUAAAAGAGUCAGAAGAUAAAGAAAUAGAAGAUGUUCUUAAAUUUGAAAAACUUUUCUCAUUCGAAAAAGAAUUCCAAAGAGAAAAAAAUAGAUAUCCAAAGGAAUAUUGGGUCACAGCUAUUCAAGAUGCUCUUAUUGAGACAGUACUCAAUAAGGAACCAACAAACAUCAAUGAUAAUGAUGAUAUUCAACUGAACAAUACAACAUUCUCUCAUUAUUGUAAUACUUUGUUCAACAAAUACUUCUUCCACUUUGACAAGAUCGAGUCUAUCUUUAAACAAGAUCCAAAAGAAACAAUAGAUCUUUUUUCCGCUAUUUGGAAUUGUGUAUUUCAUGUAAUGGUCAGUUUCGGAAACCCUGUCUUUAUUACUUCAAGUUCUCCUUUUAUGAUUUCAAUUGGAAAACCCAAUACAUAUAACAGUAUUUAUUCACAUACAUAUGUAGAUUUGAUUCUUAUUCACACAUUGGAAGAAGAUCAUGUCAAACAACUAAUGAAAGAUAGAAAUUUGGAAAUUAAAAAUGAUACUCUGAAAUUUAUUAUGGAAUUUACGGCUGGUGUUCCAAGAUUAAUCAAUCAAACAUUGGAUUAUAUGGAGAUGAAUGGUAUAAAGGUCACAGAAAACACCAACAAGAAUAUUAGAGAUUAUUUGAGAGAUUCUAACAGAACUUUGGGAGAGUUGAAUCCAUUUUUAUUGAAACUCAAAGACAAUCAAAAGAUUUUAUAUAUCGAGUUAAUAAGAGCUUGUGCUCUGGGUCUUUCAGUGGAAAUCAAGUCAACUCAAUUUGAAUUGACAAGUGAUCUGAUUGGACCACUACACAGUACAGAGAUUUAUUACAUUGAUUUUAUCGAUUUCUAUCGUUUCCAUGUCUCACCAAUUGACGAUAAUCAUGUAAAGUUAAAGCUUCCUAUGGCAACAUUCAGUGAAAUCCAAGAGUCACCCUCGUUGGAUGAAGAUACAAAGAAAAAACUCUCCCUCAUCUCUCCUCUCUUCUAUGAUAAAUCCAUUGUUGCUUCAGUAGAUCCAUUUGAAAUAUGCUUCAAGUUAAGUGUUUCUUCAAAAAUGAUAAAUGGAUUAGAGACUGACCAUUCUUUCGAAUUUCUUCAUGACACCUGGAUUGGCAAACAUAGUUUUUUAAAUGAUCAAAUUAAAGUUAGUAGAUAUUAUCCAAUUAUUCGGGCUCAAAAUAUGACUUCACCAACAAUGACAUUUGAUAAGAUGAAUGAAAUAUUGGAAUAUAUCAAAAGCGAUACUGAUACUAUUAAAGAUCUCACUUACAAUUACAAUUUUGAAACUCUAUGGAGAAUGUCAAAUACCAAUAUAUUGUAUGAAACUGGUCCCAAUUCGGAAUCUCAAGAUUUUUAUAUAAAAAUCAAUGAUAAUUUAGAUAAAUGUUACUGGGGAAGCAAAUCACCAAAGAACAAUGGUACUCCAAUUCGUAUGGUCCUGGUUAUUGUAGCAAUGAAUUCUGAAGAUGCUCUUCGUUGUGGUUGGCCCAGAUCACAAAAUAAUUUAUCAAAGUAUACUGAAUUUGGGAGCAUCUUUUAUCCAGGUUUCGAGCUGCAACAAAAAGUGUUUAAAAGAGACCAAUCUCCGAGUGAUGGGUCAAGAAAAAGAGCAAAAACUGGUAGCUUUAAGUAUGAGUAUCCAAAAAUCCCAGAAAACAUACAACUUGUCAUUCUCGGCGAGGAAGGUCUAGAACUUCGAGUAUUUGACGAUGGAAUUCAAGACAUGAUGGGAAUAACAUUAUCACCAUCCAAUCUUAAAACUGAAAUUCGUGGUGGCAAAAUUUAA